AUGGCUUGGAGACUCAUUGCACCACUGUGUAUCAAACUCACAACUUUACAAUUGCACAGACGUAUUCAUACAGGUGAGAAGCCAUUUCAUUGUGAUAUCUGUGGUAAAUCAUUUUCAGGUUGUGGUAACUUGGCUUUACACAAACGUACACAUACAGGAGAGAAGCCAUUUCAUUGUAAGAUCUGUGGUGAAUCAUUUUCUAGAAAUAAUUACUUGACUGUUCACAAACGUGUUCAUACAGGUGAAAAACCAUAUCAGUGUGAUAUCUGUGAUAAAUCAUUUUCUGUAAAUAGCACUUUAACUAGUCACAAGCGUAUUCAUACAGGAGAGAAGCCAUAUCAGUGUAAUAUCUGUGGUAAACCAUUCUCUACUAGUAGUAUCUUGAAUCGGCACAUACUUACACAUACAGGGGAGAAGCCAUAUUAUUGUGAUAUCUGUGGUAAAUCAUUCAGUCAAAGUGGGGAAUUGUCAAGACACAAACGCGUUCAUACAGGAGAGAAGCCAUAUUGUUGUAAUAUCUGUGGUAGAUCAUUUUCUGGAAAUAGUGACUUGAUUAAACACCAAUGUAUUCAUACAAGAGAGAAGCCACAUCAUUGUGAUAUCUGUGGUAAAUCAUUCUCUCAAAGUGCUUCUUUGACUUAUCACAAACGUAUUCAUACUGGGGAAAAACCAUAUCACUGUGAUAUCUGUGGCAAAUUAUUUUCUGGGUCUGGUCCCUUGAAAUCACACAAACGUGUUCAUACAGGAGAUAAGCCAUAUCACUGUGAUAUUUGUGGUAAAUCAUUCUCUCAAAAUAAUACUUUAACUAGUCACAAACGUAUUCAUACAGGAGAGAAGCCAUUUCAUGGUGAUAUUUGUGAUAAAUCUUUCACUAGCAGUAGUCAAUUAAUUCAUCACAAACGCAUUCAUACUGGGGAAAAACCACAUCACUGUGACAUCUGUGGUAAAUCAUUCUCUCAAAAUAGUACUUUAACUAGUCACAAACGUAUUCAUACAGGAGAAAAACCAUAUCAGUGUGAUAUCUGUGGUAAAUCAUUUUCUGGAAGUAGUGAUUUGACAAAACACAAACGUACACAUACAGGAGAUAAGCCAUAUCAGUGUGAUAUCUGUGGUAAAUCAUUUUCUGAAAGUAGCACUUUAACCUGUCACAAACAGAAUGAUUCACCAGAUAUCACAAUCAUGUGGCUUGUCUCCUCUAUGUGUACGUUUGUGUUUAGACAAGACCCAAGUUUGGAAGAAUGA